CCGCGGCCCCGCCCCUUCCGGUUCUCCUUCCGCUUUCGCAUCUCGAUCUGUCGAGUAACCGGCGGCAGUAUUUUUGAAUGAUACAAGUUUUUAUAAACCUUUGCACGGAGCAAGAAGAGGAGGAAUGGCGUCUGCAAAAGUGAGGAUGACCAAGAACAAGGAUAACAUCCCCCACGAGCUAGAGAGCCAGUUCGUUUUGCGGCUGCCUCCGGAAUAUGCUUCUACGGUGCGGAGAGCAGUUCAGUCUGGGAGCGUCAACUUGAAGGACAGGCUCACGAUUGAAUUGCAUGCGGAUGGCCGUCACGGGAUUGUGCGAGUGGACCGUGUCCCCUUAGCUGCCAAGUUGGUGGACUUGCCCUGCACAAUGGAAAGCUUGAAAACCAUCGAUAAGAAGACCUUCUACAAAACGGCCGACAUUUGCCAGAUGCUUGUGUGCACUGUGGAUGGAGAACUCUAUCCUCCUUUAGAGGAACCAUCCGUUAGUACUGACGCUAGAGCCAACAAGAAGAAGGAUAAAGACCGGGAGAAGAAAUUUAUCUGGAAUCAUGGCAUUACGCUCCCGUUGAAGAACGUCCGAAAGAGGCGGUUCCGAAAGACGGCUAAGAAGAAGGUGAGUCAUUAUAUUGAAUCUCCGGAUGUGGAGAAAGAAGUGAAGCGCCUUCUCAGCACAGAUGCCGAAGCCGUCAGUGUCCGCUGGGAAGUGAUUGCAGAAGAUGAAACAAAGGAAGCUGAGAAUCAUGGGCUGCUUACAGGCCUGGAUAUUUCUUCUCCUGGCAUGACCGGGCAUAAACAAGGCCAUGGAUCUUCAGCAGAACGUGACGAACUCCGGGAGAUGUUUAAUGAAAUCAGCAGCAGCAGCAGCGAUGAAGAUGAGAGAGAUCACCAUGACGACGAAGAUCUGAAUGUGAUGGAUACAGAGGAAGACUUGGAGAGGAGGCUGCAGGGCAAGCUGAACGAAUCCAGUUCCCAGCAACAAGAGAACGAAGGAACCAGCCAAAUCGCGGUUGGAAUCCAGAAGCAAAUUGACAACCUGAAGGGCAAACUGCAGGAGACCCAGGAGCGCAGGAAACGCCAAGAAGACCUCAUCAUGAAAGUGGAGAAUCUGGCCCUCAAGACGCGCCUCCAAGCUGUGCUGGAUGAGUUCAAACAACAAGAAGAUCGAGAGAAACAGCAGCUGGCAUCUCUUCAAGAGCAGCUAGAAGCUCUGAUGGAAAAAUGAACAUUUCAACUUCCAAGAACAGAAGUUCUGAUAUUGAACUAAGAAGUUUCUUCUCUUGGUGCUGCAGCCCGCAGAUUCUAACCAGGCUCCAGGAGUUAUGGUUUACAAAUAGCAUGUGUACAAAACAUACAGAAAAUGUGAAUGUUUUGCAAAGAACGGGAUUUCCUGGAAGAUGGCCACAAAAACUGUGUUUCAUUGCCGAAAGCAAAAUUCACUUCAGGACAAUCUUUGGUUCUUUUUUCAUCUCUGCAUCUUUUCUGAUUUCCGAUGAGCCAAUGUCGCAGUGUUUUAAAUAGCAUGAAAUCAAUUCUUUCUGGCAUGAGGGAUGACAACGCUCUGCAUAUUUGUAAAUACUGAUGGUGUGAGAGAAAAGUUUGCCUCCUAACAUUCCUCUCUGCACAGUCUUGUCUUCAAGAACAUUAUGAAAUAAAAACAAAGUUUUCUGUGUAUA